AUGUUGGCACAGAGGAUUGCUCAAUCCUCGCUACGGAAAACCGCAUCAACCAGUUGUUCCUCGCUGCCUAUUCGCACUCUAAUACCAAAGAGAGCUACGACUUUCAGCCUAUCUAUGCAGACACGGCUCGCUGCCACUCAAAUUAUAAAGCCAUCUGAAAACAAUGAAAUAUUAAUUUCCCAAAGAAAAAACCGACCCACUUCUCCCCAUCUAGCUAUCUAUCGACCGCAAAUCACCUGGUAUUUAUCAGCACUUAAUCGCAUCACUGGUUGUGCUGUCUCUGGUGGAUUUUAUCUCUUCGGCCUUGCAUAUCUAGUCUCACCCGUGCUCGGCUGGAAUUUAGGUAGUGCCUCUUUAGUCGCAGCCUUUGGCGCCUUACCUUUGGCAGCAAAGGUUAUUCUGAAGAGUUUGGUUGCUUUACCAUUCACAUUCCAUUCCUUUAACGGAUUGAGGCAUCUGACCUGGGAUAUGGGCGUUGCUUUUACGAAUCAGGCAGUCAUAAAAUCUGGCUGGACUGUGGUUGGACUCAGUCUAGCUAGUGCGUUUGGUUUGGUAGCUUAUGUCUGA